AUGUUAAUACGGUUUAGGUCCAAGAGUGGAACACAUCGUGUUGAGUGUCAGGAAAGCGAUUUAGUGGGCGACAUAAUUCGCAAAUGGAUAGAUAUUGUCCGUGUGGCAGUUGAUUUGGCUUCAAUUUCAAUUGCAACAGCUGAUAAUCCGAGGAGUAAUACCCCAGUGACAAAAUUAGCAGGAGAGACAGUGAGUUCGUUGGCGUUAAAGCAUGGGGACAUGCUGACCGUUACGUAUAAGGAGGCAUCUGAUUCAGCACCGGUACAAUUUGGAGUGCAAAGAGAAGUCAAAGUGAAAGUUAAGGAAUUGGCAGUAGACGAGGAAUUAGAGAAGGAAGAAGGAUUGAUUCAACGCAAGAGGUCUAGGCUUUGUAGACAUGGUGACAAAGGGAUGUGCGAAUAUUGUUCACCGUUGCCACCGUGGGACAGAAGUUACCAGCAAGAAAACAGCACUAAGCAUAUCUCAUUUCAUGCUUAUGUUAGGGAAUUGAAUGAGCACACGAACAAGGCUAGCGGCAGUUCUUACAUUCCGCCUCUAAGCCAGCCCGACUUCCACGUAAACAAAAAUUGCCCUGCAGGCCAUGUUCCCUGGCCUCGCAGUAUCUGCUCUAAGUGCCAGCCGUCUGCUAUAUCCUUGCAGCGGCAGGAGUUUAGAAUGGUAGACCAUGUUGAAUUCCAACAUAGCGAACUCGUCAACGAGUUCAUUGACAGCUGGAGAACUACUGGUAUGCAGCGGUUCGGCUAUCUCUACGGGACGUAUUCCAAAUAUACCAACACACCUCUGGGUAUCAAAGCUGUCGUGGAGGCCAUCUGGGAGCCUCCACAACAUGACGAACAAGACGGGCUCACGAUGGAUAUAGAGCAAGUCGCACUCGAAGUCGGUCACGUUGAUAAUCUGGCUUCGGAAAUGGGUCUCAUGCGUGUCGGCAUGAUUUUCACCGACCUCACAGAUUCAGGGAACGGUGACGGUACUGUGUUUUGCAAACGUCACAAAGACUCCUUUUUCCUUUCCUCCUUGGAAGUCAUCAUGGCUGCAAAGCAUCAAUUAAACGCACCAAACGCCUGCCGUUUCAGCCAACAAAGCCGCUUUUCCUCCAAGUUCUUCACCUGUGUCGUUUCAGGGAAUUUGGAGGGCGAAAUUGACAUCUCUGCCUACCAAGUCUCAACCGAUGCCGAAGCCCUUGUAGACUCUGACAUCAUCUCAGGCUCCACCCACCCUUCCAUGGCUUACAUUAACGAAACUACACACAAUCGUUACGUCCCGGACAUCUUCUACAUGCGCAAAAACGAAUAUAACAUCACCGUCAAAGAAAAUGCAAAACCCGCAUUCCCAGUAGACUACCUAAUCGUGUCCCUAACCCACGGUUUCCCCGUCCCCUCCGCCUCGAAUGCCCCCAAAUUUCAUCGUCACACGGGUUUCCCCUGGACAAAUCGCCAAGCUCUGGGCCAAUCCCAAGACUACCUAGAACUCAAACGCUACAUCUUACCUACUGCAAAUUCAUCUGAUUUAUUCAAACUACAACAACAGUUAUCAAACUUCCAUCUCUUGCUAUACAUCCAUUCCCUGCACAUUCUAAACUCCAAGGAGUGGUCUCUACUACUAGCCGCCACCACUUGCACGCCUUCUACAGAACCUUUUACAGAACCUCAUCCCGCCAUUCAUGAGUUUGUGGUCUCACCAGGAUGGCAAACUCUUCUUCUGCUUCUCCAGGAGGCCGCAUAG